AUGAGGCUGUCCCUGUCUGGCCUGCUGGUCACUCUGGCCCUUUGCUGCUAUGAAGCCAAUGCAGUUGUCUGUCCAGCUGUUCUUACUGAUUUCGCAGCCUUCCUCUUCCUUAAGGAACCUGCUUACAAGAUAGAACUUGAGAGAUUUCCUGCACCACCAGAAGCUUAUGAAGCCAAGUUGGAAGUGAAGAGAUGCACGGAUAAGAUCUCCUUUGGGAACAGACUGCUAAUUUCAAAAGCAUUGGGGAAAAUAGUGUUGAAGUGUGCUUAUAAUGAUAUUGCAAGUCUUCUGUAG